CACGCUUCACUUACUCACUCACUCUCUCCUCGACUACUCCACUAUCGCCUCUGAGCUCUAGCAGCAGCGCUGGGAGCCCUCCCGCCUGCGUACAUCCAGCUGUCUACUGCGACAUCCAUUUCCUUGUGUUUCAACUAUUCAAGGCCCGCGCGUUACUCAUCACCAGCUCCGGACGCGGCGGAAGGACACCAACGUCUCUAUACCACUCAGCGCGUUCACCGACAAGAACCGCGAAUAUGAGCUAUAUAGCCUACUCGACCUACCUCUUCCUUCUCCUCCUCAUCCUCUCUACAACCCUUUACUACACCCGUGGCCACUGGUCCCACCGCCUGCCGACUAUUAACCUCCCAAAUCCCUUCCCGCACCUCUACCAACGCCUCCCAUCUUCCUUCACCGGCGACAUCGAAGCCGGGCUCUCCUCUAGCUCCUUCAACCUCUCCGAGAACGUCGAGGCCGGGGAUUCGCGCGCUGGAUUAGAUGACAAAGCGAAGAAAGAGGUGCAAGCGAUCAUGACAAGGCAGCGCGUGGGGUUUGAUGAGGCAAGGAGGCUGUGGGUGCAGGAGGGGUUCAGGCGGAAUGGGAUAGGCGCGGAUGGGAGGCCCAGGGAUCCUAAGUUUGUUAGCUUUUCGUAGGGGUAAUCGGGUUAAGAGGAGGGAUGUAGGUGUGAAUGCUUUAUCUCCUUAGUUCGAGAUUUCAGCGAGCGGGCGUUUUUGGUGGAUGACA